AUGUCAUCUAAAAACUAUAAAUUGAUUCAUUAGAAAAUUCCAAAUACAACAAGGUAUAGAGAUGAUUAAUUACCAAUCAAUAAUAAAUAUUAUGUUCGCUUGACAUAAGAUUCUACUAGAGUUUAAGAUUUGAUUGAAAAAGAUAAACAAAUUCCACAUGUAUCAAUGAUUGAUCGAUUCUGGGGCUACAAAACAUAAAGAUUACCUGAACCUGUACAUCAAGAAGAAAAACACGUUUAAUUGCCUUAGGAAAUUACGCCAAAAGAGGAAAAGAAAGAUGUUUUACCUUAGAUUGAAUAAAAAACUGAAACUUAAUUGAAGAAAGCCAUAAGUUUAAAAUAAUUUAAGGAAAGUUUGCUUUAUGAUGAAAGAACGAGUUCCAUACCUAAAACUACCAUUUAGAAUCAUAUAAUAGAAGAUUUAAUAAGGGAUAGUGAUGUUUUUUUAAAGAAACCUGAAUUAUUAGAUUAAGUACAAAGUUUGAAGAGAUUAAAAGUAUUGAAGAAAUAUGAAGCUAAUCAGUAAUAAUAAUAGAUUAUUUAGUUCUAAUUAACCUGGUGUUGGUAAAUUACCAUAUAUUAUCAAUGAUUAUCAUUCAAAGAGCACAAAUCCAGGAUACUCAAGAAAUAACAAAGGAAAUUUUUUUACAAGAUGAAG